AUGGAAAACGCCUCCAAGGAGGAGCUGUGCGAGCUGAUGGACAAACUGUUGCUCAACUCGCUCGAUCUGAUCGAGCAGGACGUUCGGCUGAGCCAGGACAUUGCGCGCCUCACCACCGAGGGCCAGAUGGAGCUGGCACACACGCGCUUCACCAAGGGCCCGAAUGCGGUCAGUGCGGUGCAGCUGCCGACGGAGGACUACAAACCCUUCCAGGCACUGGCCACCGUGCAGGUGGAGGAAGCGGUCGAAGACGACGCGGACCCCAUCCAGCACCGUACGCUCGAGCGGCAUCCGGUGGGCGACGCGGAGGACGGAGCAUCCCGUAUCGAUCCGAGUGCGUGGUUCGGGAUUUUGCGGCCUCCGUCGCUGAACAUUGCGAAGGAACGGUUUGCCCGAUCGCUGGACACGAUCGUCGAGCGGUCCAACGUGCGGGUGCGGCUGAGCAGCUACCUAAACAUGUUCGAGCUGCUCCAGAAGCGUAAGACGGAGCUGUAA